CAGUCGACGAGGGUGCGACAGAGCCGAUCCUUUAUCUUCUCUGCAGAGGCCAUUGGAGAAAUGUACAUAUGUUAUAUCCUGGAUGGGAUUCUCAUCCUGUACGGCAUCAUUCUCACCAUCUUGUACUGCAGACUAAGGAUGCAUUCAUCCAACUCAUCUGGUAAUAACCAAGAGAAGCAGCCCGCAGCGGGAGGCAUUUAUGCGGGUCUGACCUCUCCAAGUAAUGACACCUACGAGACCAUCAGAGACAAGAGGCCGAUGGUGUGAUGAGCAUGAAUUUGGUUAAAUGAGGCUACUGAGCACAACAAACAAUCUUUAUACUAUGUGUUACUUUUAUUGUCUUGUUGCAGGCCCCCUGUGCAGAGCUUUUAAAUAGAUAAUAUCCUCUUUUUGUAUAAAUUCUGUAUCUCUACAUGCAUUUAUUUUAAAGCUGCAAAACUAAUAUAAUAAUUUACUAAUAAAGGCUGUGAGCUUUUUUGUUGUUUGCUUUUAGUUUUCUCCAUGUCCUGUCUUGAAGUUGUUUUAUACUAGAUUAACUAAGAAAGAAGAAGUCUGAAUGUAUUUUCUGUUUCUGUCAAUAAGUUCCUUAUUUUAUUUGAGCCUGAAAUAAAAAAAAAAGUCAUUUUA